UUGUUCAAAAUUGUAUAUUUUAAAAACUUUUUUUUGUUUUAUAAAACAUGCUUUAUGUCAAAUUAUAUAAAUAAUUGUUUAUCACGAUUAAAUUUACAUUUGUUCAGUCUAACUUAUCUUCUAUUUUCCUCAUACGUAUAUAAGAGAUCAAGUUUGGAAAGUGGUGCCCUCUGUUCCAAACAGUUUGGAAUAUUGUCAGCGGGCAGGCGCUGGACCGCCUUCUGAGGCUGCGUGUGGGAUAAAGAGGACAAGACAGAGAAAGAUCGCGAUUCAAACUCGAAAUCUAACGAGGAACUCUCAGAGCCACGCGAGUGGCCGCGCGAUACAGCACGGGUGUUUGAAAACGGCCGAUAACAGUGUGCAUCGCGCCAUGUGUACGGAGAAAAGUGCGAAUUUGCAGUGGCUUCUUUAUUCCAUAUUGCUCAUUUGUGGAUUUGUUCUAUCAUACGGAAGCUGCCAAAACGCGGAUCCGCGAGAACAGUUCGAUAACAGGGAUGACGCGAGGAAAAUAGACGAUCUGCGCGAUGAACUGCAGGCUGACGAUGCGGAUCAGUCGUAUGUCUGGGAUGCGUCUCUCGAGGGUAAAAAGACGCUCGAUGAGAACGGGAGCUCCCUCUCGUCUCGAAACGCGGCGGAGGUGUCGGAGACGGAAGUGGAAACAGCGCCUCGGGCAGACGGAAAUAGGGACAAGGUCCUCGUUCCACCAGGAGGUGUUUCCAACUCAUCGUUUCGGCCGGGUCUGAAUGUCACAGCCUCGACAUCGAUCACUCGCCGAAAGGGCGAGGGCGGUGACAGAUCGCGGAAGAAACGUCGCAGAAACAAAGAUUCGAAGAACACGAACACAGAGAUGGUGGAUCGUCAACGCGACGGCGCUCAGGAGAACGAGAUCAGGGGAAAGCGAAACGGACAGGCGAAGAAGCCGAAAGAUACGGCGGCGAGGAGGUAUCGCGCCGAGCGUCGAAGGAGGAGAAAGAAUCGCGAGCGGAAACGUGGGAGGAAGAGGCCGAGGAACGGCGAGAAGAGCGGCGAGGCGCGUAGAGCGUCCAAGUUGAAGAGAAGGAUGAACGACGCGCCCGCGGCGCUGCUCCUCGGCAAGAUCGAUGGCCACGUGGUGGACGACACGACGAACGUGACUUGGAGAGGUAACCAAACGCGCCCGAGCGGCACGGAUGUUACGUCACCGUCCAAUCUUCAGGACCAAUUAACCACCGAGGCUACGAAGAGAUCCCCGCAGACCACCUCGCGUUACAACAUGUACGAGGACACCGUGGAGAGAGAAUUUUCCAAACAGCUCGAGAAAGAGAUCUCGCAGAUGGAGGAUCCGGCCAGCUUGGAGAACCGUAUCCUGGGCAGCUCUGUGCCCAAGUCGUCUAGGAGAAACUCGGGUCGAAAAGAGGAGGAGGAGGAGAGGGGCGGUAAAGGGAACGAGGCGAAGUUUGGCAACUCUAGGUACGACGCUGAGAAGAUGUUGGGCUACUCGAGGACGGAGGAGGAUCUGCCUAUUCUGGAUUUGGAGAACGAGGUGCUGGCGAGGACGUUGAAGGAUUACAACGCGUACAUGACGUCGAGUUUGAGAUUGUCGAUGGUGGCGAGGCGGGACGAGGUGGAGCGGAGGAGAGCCGGUGGCGGAUCGCAUUUUCACGGAAAGCCCAUAAUCGACGAGGCAGAGUUGGACAGGUUGGGCGGAAAGAAGAGCACGGAAUGGGCGAGCAGCACGGCGGCGUACGAGGACGAUACGAAGGGGGAUUUAUCUUGCAUAAACGGGACGUUCGUGCCGGCACCCCUCGCCCGGCAUGCGCUGAUCAAAUAUGUAAAGAUCCAUUACAUUUUGGAAUUCGAACUCGAUCCACCGUUAGAAAAAUAUAAAAUUAAUUCUCAUUAUCUCAUAGAUAUCAAUGAGUGUCUGUUGAACAACGGGCACGGGCCUUGUCAGGAUACGUGUCGGAACACCAUAGGCGGCUAUGAAUGUUCCUGCGACAGUCUACAGGACACCGUGCUGUCAGCCGACAACCACACGUGUCAGACAGCGGGUCCCUGUAGCGUCAACAACGCGGGAUGCUCCCACACCUGUCUCUCCACCAUGGGACGAGUAUUUUGUCUCUGUCCCGACGGUUUCAUCCUGGAGGACGACUGGAAAACCUGUCAAGACGUGGACGAGUGCCAACCCGAUUUGCAAACGGAGAUGUGUCGGUACGGUUGUAUCAACACACCAGGAUCUUAUCGAUGCGCGGAGCCAAUGGAGUUGAAGGAUCAACCGAUACUGGACAGCUUGUCCAUCACGUGCCUGCCGGGCUACGAGGCCACCCCCGAUGGAACUUGUAUCGAUAUCAAUGAAUGUACAGUUGACAACGGUGGGUGCACAGAAGUCUGCGAAAAUACGGAUGGAAGCUUCUUCUGCGCCUGUGACGGUGACGAAAAAGCUCUGUCGUCGGAUGGCAAGUCCUGCGUGGAUAUAAAUAAUGUAUCCUGCCCACCGUUGAAUCCGGAGGGUCGAGGAUAUUUAAUGUGUUCACGUUUAGCUACUCCAAAGCCAUGGAGAGGUAGACGAAGAGUGGCCAAUCGACCAGGUACCAAAUGUUUCUUGAAGUGUCCCCAUGGGUAUCAACUUCACGGAGAAUACGAAUUGACUUGUAGAUCGGAUGGUUCGUGGGACGGUCCAAAGCACGGCGAGUGUGUCAGAUACAGCAAGCCUCGUUUAGAGUGCCCGAAAGAUGUGAUGGCGGAACUGCCACCAGGGAGAGACGAGGCCUUCGUGACGUUCGAUCAACCGUCGACAGAUCUCGAUUGGUUCCGGUACGUUCGAUCGAAACCCUCCUGGGGGACCAGGCUGGAGGCUAAUCUAACCCCGGGUGUGCAUGAGAUCACGUUCUUCGCGAGACACCCGGUAUCGAAGAAGCAAGCUAGCUGCGUGUUGCGCAUCAUUGUCAAAGGAGGCGAGGCGCCAAAAGUUAAAGACUGUCCGAACGACAUAGAGGUCACGGGGAGAAAUGGGACAGCGAUUACGUGGACCGAGCCAAUUUUCACGGACAACGUGAAGGUGACCCGGAUUAGGAGCAACGAGGUUGAUGCCUGCUGGAGAAUAAGUUAUAGGUUCUACAUAGACUUUGGACUUCUUCGUUUGUAUAAUCAUGAAGAUUUAUACGAAUGUAUGUUCGGUAUGUUUCAAUUAUAUAAGAUGUUGAUGAGACAGAUUCGAAGGGUCGAUUUUAGAGGCCAAAAGAAACUGAAAAGUUGGUCAUCCAUUAGUUAUAAGGAAUUGGAAGUUUUGUGUUAGAUAAAGGGGGAUAGAAUAAAA